AUGUCGCGGUACGGUGAUUUCACGAGAGACCCAUGUCCUUAUGUAAUUUUAAAUGAUACAGGUGCCGCGUUUGCUAUGGGCGCGAUUGGUGGCGGGAUAUGGCACAUGGUAAAAGGAGCAAAAAAUUCUCCGAGAGGAGAACGGAUAAUUGGCUCAAUCACAGCUGUAAAAGCACGCGCACCUGUUUUAGGUGGUAAUUUUGCAGUAUGGGGCGGUCUAUUCUCAACGUUCGAUUGUGCAUUUAAAAGUAUAAGACAGAAAGAGGAUCCGUGGAAUGUGAUCGGAAGUGGAUUUUUGACGGGUGGCGUUCUUGCAGCAAGAGGUGGCCUUGCCGCUUCAGCCAAAUCAGCAGCACUUGGUGGACUCAUUCUUGCAUUAUUUGAGGGUAUAACGAUUGCAUCAACCCGUAUAAUGACUCCUGCAUCACCGCCUAUAAUGCAGACGAAUUAA